AAAAAUAAAUAAAAAUAAAUAUAUUUGACUUUUUGUCAUUGUAAUGUCAUUGUAAUAUAUUAAAAUUGUUAAUAAAUUUCUGAUAAAUUAGGGCAAGGAGUAAAAAUCGAACCUAGACUUAAUAAAUCCGAACUACAAGAUGAGAAGCAGAAGUAAUUCCGGUGUUAGGUUAGAUUAUUACCAAAGGAUAGUUCACAAAAUUAUUAUGUCUAAACAGAAUCCAGUAACUGGCUUAUUCCCAUUAAACGACACUAAUAAUCAUGCUUGGAUACGAAAUAACGUGUACUGUGUUAUGUCUGUUUGGGGGCUUUCGAUGGCUUAUAAAAAAAUGGCAGAUCAAGAUGAGGAUCGAGCCAAGACCUAUGAACUGGAACAGUCGUGUGUUAAGCUAAUGAGGGGCUUGUUAAUGGCUAUGAUGCAACAAAAGGAAAAAGUUGAAAGAUUUAAACAAACUCAAAAUCCAUUAGAUUCUUUACAUGCAAAAUAUUGCUCGCAAACUGGCCAAAUUGUUGUCGGAGACAAUGAAUGGGGUCAUUUACAAAUUGAUGCUAUUUCUCUUUAUCUCUUAGUUCUAGCUGAGAUGACAGCAUCAGGACUUCAGAUUGUUUUUAAUUUGGAUGAGGUGGCAUUCAUUCAAAAUCUCGUAUUUUACAUUGAGUGUGCUUAUUGCACUCCCGAUUAUGGUAUAUGGGAAAGAGGAGAUAAAUCAAACCAUGGAUUGCCUGAACUAAAUGCUAGCUCCAUUGGAAUGGCCAAGGCUGCUUUAGAAGCUAUGAAUGAGUUAGAUUUGUUUGGGGCCAGAGGAGGACCCUACAGUGUUAUACAUGUCUUGACAGAUGAAGCACAAAAAUGUCAAGCUGUCCUACAGUCCAUGCUUCCAAGAGAGUCAAGUUCAAAAGAAAUAGAUAGUGGAUUGUUAUCAGUUAUAGGUUUUCCUGCAUUUGCUGUGGAUGAUCCAGCUUUGAGAAAUUUUACUAAAGAUACAAUUAUUGGAAAGUUGAUGGGUAAAUAUGGUUGUAAACGAUUUUUAAGGGAUGGGUAUAAGACACCAAAAGAGGAUCCAAAUAGGCUGUAUUAUGAACCCUGGGAGUUAAGGAUGUUUGAAAAUAUAGAAUGCGAAUGGCCUAUGUUUUUCUGUUAUUUAAUACUAGAUGCCUUAUUUAUGGGUGAUAGAGAUGCUGCUUUAGAAUAUACAGAACAGUUAGAAGAGAUUAUGAUACGAACCGAUGAUGGUAUAAAACUAGUACCAGAAUUAUAUGCAGUACCUGCAGAACUAGUUGCUGCAGAAUAUAAAGAACCUGGUUCUCAAUAUAGGAUACCUUUAGGUCAAAGUCCAUUCUUGUGGGCACAAUCCCUUUAUAUUAUUGGAAAACUAGUACAAGAGAACUUCUUAGCUCCUGGUGAACUAGAUCCACUUAAUAGAAGGUUAUGUUCUGAGAAAAAACCUGAUGUAGUAGUACAAGUUGUAAUAUUAGCCGAAGAUGUUGAGAUACAAAACCAGUUAGUAGAACAUGACAUAUUAGUACAAACGGUUGCAGAUGUGGCUCCAAUUGAGGUACAACCAGCAAGGGUUUUGUCUCAUUUAUACACUUAUUUAGGUAGAAAUAAGAAAUUAGGACUAACGGGAAGAAAAUCUAGAGAUGUUGGUAUUUUAAGUACAAGUAAAUUGUAUUCUCUUGGAGACAAGAUAUUUGCUUUUACACCACAAUUCACUGACAUGUCCCAUAAUUACAUAGCGUCCGAUUACGAACUUAUGAUUGACAUGUGCAAAAGUGAAAUUAAUUUUCUGAAGUCCAGUUGGCAAAAUAUGCUGGGGCGGCCGCUGGUUACGAUCUUAUGUCGCCGAUUGCACUUAGAAAAUGGUAAAAUACCCUUAGCAAUGAUUACCACGAUGAAAAAGCUGAAAUCUGGUUAUAUUAACGGCACUCGAGUAACGUUAGGCCAAUUAAACGAUUUUUUGAGCACUAGUUCCAUUACGAAUUUGAGUUUUCUGGGAUGUCACGAAGACGGAAUGCCAGAUAAGUUAAAUCCCCAAGUUCAUCAUUAUCUCGAGGAACAUCUUAUGAAGUCCUUGUCCCAAAAAUCAACUCUUUUGGUAUCGUCAGCGACUAGGAAUCGAAACAGGCACGUCUUAAGAAGAAGAGUGUCUGUUAGGGGUGCUGUAAAGAAGACUAGAUCUAUUAAUGUGGACGCUGAAACUUUGGGAAUGGAAAGCAACGCUACGUUAGAACGACGGGGAUCGAUAUUCUUUUCCUCAAACGUGGCUGACGCAAUCGACGGUCAAGCGAUUGAGAUUAAAUCGCCAGAAAAAAUUGCAAAAGACAACGCUGAAACGAAAAAAGAACCUCCUAUUUUAUCUAUUUCUAGACAUAAAGCCCAGAGUGAAUCUCAGACGUAUGCAGACACAGAGAUUGAAGAACUUUUUGCAAUGCUUAGAGAAUCGGAAUCGUUAGACGAACAAGGAGACAUAUUACAGUAUUUGGUUGCUUCAAAAGGUCUAGAUUCAAACACCGACAUGUUGGAAAAUGGCAAAGUAGUUACAGUUAGGGAUUUAUUGAAAGGACUAUAUGAGAAAGCUUGUCAGCAGAAGAUGUGGGGUUUGGUAAGGCAUACGGCGGGUAUGCUGGGUAAAAGAGUUGAGGAUUUGGCUAAAUCAGUAACUGAUUUAUUGGUAAGGCAGAAACAAAUUACUGUUGGAAUGCCUCCAAAUAACGAACAUACAAUAACAGCGCCAUUACCUGAAAGUGAACUGAGACUGUUAAUUCAUGAAGCAUACGGACAAGACGACAGUACUGCCAUGUUAACACAAGAGCUUCUUGUUUAUCUUGCUAUGUUUAUUAGAACAGAACCACAACUUUUCAUGGAAAUGUUGAGACUGAGAAUCGGUUUGAUUAUUCAAGUUAUGGCUACCGAACUCUCCAGAACAUUAAUAUGCGAUGGAGAUGAGGCUUCUGAACAUUUACUCAAUUUGAGUCCAUUUGAAAUGAAAAAUUUACUGUACCAUAUUAUAAGUGGAAAGGAGUUUGUUAUAAGUAGUGUAGGUCGAGGUAAUCUCUCUAUUGUCAGCAACAAAUCUGGUAGGAUAAGCAAGAAAAGCCAUAUAAGUCUGGUAGCUGAUUAUUCUACUGAUGAACUGAUUGAACCAGAUAGGCAAGGUCAGUGGCUAAGACGCAGAAGACUUGAUGGUGCCCUCAAUAGGGUCCCUAGAGAUUUCUAUCCUAGAGUUUGGCAUGUGUUGGAGAGGUGUCAUGGAAUUGACAUUGCUGGGAAAGUUCUACCUCAAGGUCUCACUCAAGAAAUGACACCGGGGGAAUUGAAAUUCGCUCUCGCAGUGGAGACGGUGUUGAAUACCAUACCGCAGCCCGAAUACCGACAGCUUAUCGUCGAAGCUCUAAUGGUUCUCACUUUAGCCGCUGAGUAUAAUCUGGCGCCCUUUUUGGGCGGUGUUAUUCAGAUUGAAUAUCUGGUGCAUAGAGCUAAUGAAUUAUUUUUGGAAGACCAGAUAAAAUGUGAUGGAGAUGCUACAUUGUGCUGUGCCAAACCAAGAGAACAUCGCGAAACAACCAAUACCGGCGGAUUACUGUGCGGAGGUGCGGCAUACAUAUGUCAACAUUUCUAUGACAGCGCCCCUAGCGGAGCUUUUGGUACGAUGACAUACAUCACUAGAGCAAUCGCUCUCUACCUAGAUUGUGUGCCUAAAAGUGGGGAGUUAGAAUGUAGCAUUAGUUAGGGUAAAUGUUAAGAUCAAAUGUAUACUAAGUAGUGUUCAUUAAUUUAAGAAAAACAGUAGUUAAACUUUGGAUUGUUACAAAAAUAAUAUAUACAAAAUAGUUUCCUAAUUUUACAGAGAUGUUUUUCCAUUUCAUAUAUAGAGUUAGAACAAAAAUAUUGUUAUCUUAUUUACACAUGCCUAUAUUAUUUAUAAAUUGUUUGUUUAAUUACAAUAUGAUUUAUAUUUCAUAUUGUAGUUGAUUAUAGUUAUUUUUGUUUUUGUUUGCAAUGAGUAAUAAAUCUAUAUUGAUUGGA